AUGUCCUUCCCCCAGCUGGGCUACCAGUACAUCAGACCUCUGUACCCCUCUGAGCGGCAAGGUGUGGGGGGGAGCAGGAGCGGAGCGGAACUUUCUCCGGCUGGGACUCUUUCUAAUGUGCUGUCUUCUAUGUAUGGCGCUCCCUAUGCUGCGGCGGCUGCGGCUCAGGCUUAUGGAGCCUUCCUCCCCUACACCACGGAGCUCCCAAUCUUCCCACAGCUGGGAUCCCAAUAUGAGAUGAAGGACAGUCCAGGGGUACAACAUUCAGCUUUCUCUCACCAUCACCCAGCUUUUUACACCUAUGGACAAUACCAGUUUGGAGACCCCUCAAGGCCCAAAAAUGCCACCAGAGAGAGCACCAGUACUCUGAAGGCCUGGCUAAAUGAGCAUAGGAAGAACCCCUAUCCCACCAAGGGAGAAAAGAUUAUGUUGGCCAUCAUCACCAAGAUGACGCUCACACAAGUGUCCACCUGGUUUGCCAAUGCCAGGAGGAGGCUUAAAAAGGAGAAUAAAAUGACCUGGGCCCCCAGGAGCAGGACAGACGAGGAGGGGAACUCCUAUGGAAGUGAUCAUGAAGAGGACAAGCGUGAGGAUGAAGAAGAGAUCGAUUUGGAAAAUAUCGACACUGAGGAUGUGGAAAGUAAAGAAGACUUGGAUGAUCAGGACACAGACAUUCACUCUGACUCUAAAACAGACGCUAGGAGUGACUCUGAGGGCUCAGAUGGCUUUGAGGACUUGAAUGUCUCCGAGGAAAGGUUCCUCAAGUCUGUGGUUGGGGACAGUAGGGUUCAGGACAAAUGUGAACUAUCUGAGGAUGUCAAAACUCAUCAGCCCCAGUGCGAGCAGCUCAAAUUGGACAGUAUUUCCCCCAAUCCCUCCCAGGAAAAUAACCUUCCAGCUGCCCAGAAGCCCAAAAUUUGGUCCCUGGCAGAAACAGCCACUGCUCCGGAUAACCCUCGCAAGUCACCCCAGGGGAGCAGUGCUCCUGCAAACAGCCAGAAUGUGUUACCGCAACCCAGACUCAUCACCUGUCCAGGAAGCAGGUUCCAGAGCUGGACAGGAAGGACAUUUUCUGCCCAGCAGUUUUCUUUACUGAACUCUGCUCACUUUCUACAAGGAUUGGGGGUCACCCACACGGCAGGCAAUGCCAGCUUCAACACGCAUGGGGAACAUGCUCACAGCAGAGACCCAGUAACAGACCGAUCAAGCUCGCUGGAGGUGGAAAAAAAAAUUCUAAACACAGCUUUUCAACCAGUUCAAAGAAGGUCACAAAACCAACUCGACGCUGCUAUGAUUCUCUCUGCACUGUCCUCCUCAUAA